AACAAAUUUGCUGCUGCAAUCAACUCUGAAUUACCCCCCCAUAUUCUGAAUUUGAGCAUUUAUUUUCUUAACCGAGCCCAAUGAAGUUAUCUACUGUACUGUAGAUAGUGAUACCCGUUUGGUGGUGGAAUGUGUGAGGGACGCGUGCUCGCUCACUGAUAAUAGCAAUAGCAGUUAUAUACAGUAUAUUAGAAGCCACUUCCUGGUGUUUUGAAAUCUAAUUCAGUUUGUCCCUUCGGGGCUACCGUUCUCGCAGUCUCCAGCUGUCACUCACUGUCAUGGUAGCCUCCAGCAGCAGCGUGCCCGCAUCAGAUUCCCUGCGCUACUCCGAGUACAUGGCGGGGCCACCGGGCACCUCAGGUGCGAACAUCGACCGGACGCUGGGUGGCACUCUUAUUGCUGUUGGUCUUGGAGUUGCAGCUGCUGCUUUUGCAGGUCGCUUCACAUUUCAACUCUGGAAACCAUUGGGUCAAGUUAUCAUGGAGAAUGCAAAAAAAAUCCAAACUCCAAGCCUUUCUUAUUACUAUAAAGGAGGAUUUGAGCAGAAAAUGAAUCAACGAGAAGCUAGCCUGAUUCUAGGUGUCAGUCCAUCUGCUAGCAAAUCCAAGAUUCGGGCGGCUCAUCGGAAAAUCAUGAUUUUAAAUCAUCCAGAUAAAGGUGGAUCACCUUAUAUUGCAAUGAAAUUAAAUGAAGCAAAAGACUUACUGGAAUCUAGUACAAAACAAUGACACAAGAGAGCUGAAUAAUUAAUUUGUAUUAAGCUGCUUGCUGCCAGGAACGAUGGCACACUGCCUUUGUAUACCUGCCUAUUGGCAGAAGGCUCAGCCUUUUAUUCACUUGUUUUUUUCAAUUUCUACAGCUAAUGUUGUAUUAUAUUUAUAUUGGUUACAAACGUGAGCUAUAUUUUAUUACAUUCUGCAGUUUAUUGUCCUCCUUGUUUGUUUUUUUUUUUUUUAAAGAAAAGAAACCGAAAAAGCACACUGUUUUCAAGACACUGGAAGAGAACAUUAUAAUUCUAAAGCUUUGCCAUUAAUGAUGAUGAUGAUUAUUACAUUUGUACAUAUAGUUUUAUUUUGAAAUUUCUCCAGAUCUCGAUUUUUCAGCAUUUCAUGCGAUUGUUCCAAGGCCGUUACCUUGGCAGGUUCACAAGAGCAUGAUCUGUAGAAGCUUCAUUAAAUUCUGUGCCUGGAUCCCAGCUGUUCUUAUAAGGGACCAUCAGCUGGCUUCAAAAUCAUCUCUCUCUCUUUGGGCUGUCUUGUUCUUACAUUGGAUGCAGAACACGUCCAUGUAAUGUGGAAAAUAAAUAAAUAUGUAAUAAAACGUACUCACUGCCAGCUCCUCUCUGCAGUCAACGGCUACUGGCUGAAUAUAAUGGAAAAACUCCUGAGCUUUUGCCACAAACAAAUUCAACAGGAGAGGGAAAGAAAUCUGUUUGUUUUAGUUAAAUCACAAUGUAAGAGAUGCCAAAUGUAUAUAAUGUACUCUGUAUGUGUAGCACAUUAUAAAUUACAUUUUAUGGUUCUCAUCAACGCCCCCCUGUCUUUAAUUAGCUGUAAGUUCAAAGCAUCAAUCUAUUCGAGUGGGCAAAAGACAAUGCUUGGCUUCAUUAUAAAUAUUCAGCUCUGGCUGUGAGCUGGAAUAUGCACAAUAUUCAAGAACAAAUCAAAGAACAGACCUACUGUGAUAAUGGAACAGGCAUUGGUGAUCUACAAUACCUUUAUGUUACUUGUGUGGGGAGGUCAAUGAGCCAUGUGAUAUAUUGUGCAUUUAAUGACCUAUAAACAUAUGUAUGUGUCUGGGUGUUCUCUAUAAUGAACUUUAAUUGUUA